AUGUUCGAACAUGUUAUGGACACAAGUGAAUAUGAUUCGAAUUUUGAAGACUUCUCAAGAAUAUCAGACGAUAUUUCGUUCUUCUCAAGUCAAAGCCCACCAUCAAGUCCGCUACCUUGUCCCAUCAGCCCCUGUCGGAGUGAUAACUCAAAUUUGCUUUCAAUGGAAGACAACACUCUUGUUGAUUUAAAUUCUUUGUUUAAUAAUCAACAUAAACCAUUCUCUCCGGCUUGCAAACGCCUAAACAUGGACAUCAUACCACAUAAAGAAUGCAAUUUGUCUUCAUUAAAAGUAUCGGCAAAACGAAAAUAUCUCCACAUUAUCAAUGAAAACAUUCCACCUCUAACGGAGUCGACAGUAACAGAUGCAUGCAAGCGAUCGAAGUUUUCGGAAGUGCUACAAAAUUCAUAUCAAAACAGGGCAAACAAUGUUUUUUUCUCGCCCCAUCUCCAAACGUCACAAAGGAAAACCACUUUAAUGAUAAAUCCGAGUUCAUCAUCAAAUAAAUUGUCUCACAAAUCCUCGGAAAUAUUACAUAACAGUAGAUUUUAA